AGCGCGCGGCCGAACCCGGCUCUGUCUGUGGCUGAAGCUGUGCGGCCUCCGAACUCCGCGCGCGCCGCAGGACCCGCUGCAGUGAGAGAGAGAGAGAGCGGCACGCGCACACUGAACCCGCCGGCCGCGCGCUCUCCCGGUGCCGGAACGCGCCGCUGUAACCGAGGGGGUUUGGCGUCGUCGCGCGCGCACACACACACACACACACACACACACACACCCGCCUGUCUGUCUGUCUGCCUGUCUGUCUGUCUGCCCGCAGCACCGGAACCCCUGCCCGAGCAGCGCGAGGCCUCAGAUUUCCGUGGUGGUGCCGGCCGUAGCGCCAUGGCUCAGACCCUUCAGAUGGCGAUCCCCAACUUCGGCAACAAUGUCCUGGAGUGUCUGAAUGAGCAGCGGCUGCAGGGCCUGUACUGCGACGUGUCCGUGGUGGUGAAAGGCCAUGCCUUCAAGGCGCAUCGGGCCGUACUGGCGGCCAGCAGCGCGUACUUCCGUGACCUCUUCAACAGCGGCGCUGGCAGCAAGGCCCCGGCCAUGGUGGAGCUGCCGCCUGCCGUACAGCCUCAGAGCUUCCAGCAGAUCCUGGCCUUCUGCUACACGGGCCGCCUCAGCAUGAAUGUAGGAGAUCAGUUCCUCCUCAUGUACACCGCCGGCUUCCUGCAGAUCCAGCAGAUCAUGGAGAAGGGCACGGAGUUUUUCCUGAAGGUCAGCUCACCCAGCUGCGACUCUCAGGGCCUCCAUGUCGAAGAGACGCCGCCAUCUGAACCUCAGAGUCCCGUGACUCAGACGACUGCCAGCAUCUCGGCCAAUGGAGGAGGAGCAGGAGGAGGAGGAGGAGGGGUGGCGGCGGUCACAGCUACAGCCACCAGUCGCCCCGCCGCCUGCCUCACCCCGCUGCCUCUGGUGUCCCGAGUGAAGGCAGAGCAGCCUGAUGUCUCGCCCUACUCUGUGGUCUGCACUCCUGUGGCGAAGCGUCUUUGGGAGGGCGGGAGCCGAGAUGGUACCGGAGCAUCCGGAGGAUCUGGUGGGCGGAAAGCGGCACGAUUUUCCCAAGAGAUGGCGCGCAGUGGCGCGAUCCAGCCACAGGGACUGGCUGUAGGAUUGACCGUGACACCCGGAGGCCACACUGCUAACGCUAAUGGCAACGGGAACAGUUCCAGCAGCAGCACCACCCCUGAGGGCACCAGCCCCGGCACCGUGAGUGCCUACGCCAGUGACUCGCCCAUCUCUUAUCACGAUGAUGAUGAGGAGGAAGAGGCGGUGGAGGACGGUGCUGAGGAACAGUACAGGCAGAUCUGCAACAUGUACACCAUGUACAGCAUGCUCAACAUGGGCGCCACAGCAGGCGAGCGAGUAGAGGCUCUGCCGGACCAUUCAGAGACUCGGAGUCGGAUGCGAGGGCGUCAGGACCUGGCAUCUCUCCCUGCAGAGCUCAUCGCUCAGAUCGGAAAUCGCUGCCACCCGAAAUUGUAUGAGGAGGGCGACCCAGCCGAGAAACUGGAGCUCGUUACAGGGACUGGUGUGUUCAUCUCCAGAGCUCAGCUGAUGAACUGUCAUGUCAGUGCAGGAACCCGACACAAAGUGCUGCUGAGGAGACUGCUGGCUGCAUUCUUUGACAGGAGCACUCUGGCGAACAGCUGUGGGACAGGGAUUCGCUCCUCCACUAAUGAUCCGAGUCGUAAGCCGCUGGACAGCCGCGUCCUCCACGCUGUUAAAUAUUACUGCCAGAACUUUGCGACAAGCUUUAAGGAGAGUGAGAUGAACGCCAUCGCGGCGGACAUGUGCACUAACGCUCGGCGUGUGGUGAGGAAGAGCUGGAUUCCCAAACUGAAGCUCCUGAUGGCCGAGAGCGAUGCGUAUGCAGGGUUCCUCCCCGACGCCGUCAAGAUGGAGGCCGAAGCUCUGGGGGCCGACCCCACCUUUGAAACAGCCGAUCUAGAGGGCGGAGCCUCUCUGGAGACUGCCCCCUCAUCCGGUGAAUCGCUGCAGGCUGUAGCUGGAGACGCCGGCGCUCUGUUCCAGUGAGUGGGCCUGAAUGAAUAAGCCCCGCCCCGACCUGUGUCCUCAUCUCCGCCCUGCAUCCUGUCUGCAUGACUCUGUAGGUGCGGUUUAACAGAGACGCUUCUUUCUUCUUUUUUUCUCUUAUUUUAAUUUUAAAAUUUUUAUUUUUACCCCCAAAUAACCCAUUUUUUGCACAGAAGCCCGUCUGCUUCUUUACACAAUCUGUAUAUCAUGUGACACUGUUCUGUUUUUGUAAUUCACUUCCAUAUCUUGCACGCACAUAUGCGCUCGUGCACACACACACACACACACACACACACACACACACACACACUUUCCUUCAACAACACUGUAGUCAAUUAGUUGAAUGUAAACAUCAAGACUCACAGAUUGUAUUUAGACUGAGAGAGUCGUCGUCACUGUAGACAGACAGAGAGACAGACAGAGAUGUAGGCGGUUCCUCUGUUUCCAAUUUGGAAAGAAUUUAUUUUCCUCCUCCACGUUUCCUCAAAAAUUCUGAGAUUGAAAGCAGAAGAAAAAGAAAGAAUUCUGUCCUCUCUCUCUCUCUGUCUCUCUCUCUCUCUCUCUCUCUCUGUCAGUUCGCCCUGACACACACACACACACACACCCCUGGUGAUUACGGCCCGGUGAGUGAGACAGAUGAGUCGUAUUUGAGGAAUAUUUGUCCUCUUUCAGCUUCGCUGUGUGAAAUGAGAGAGAAAUUGUUGAAGAUCUUUGUGUGUUUUUUCCUCUUUGGUUUGUCGCGGAGUGUUUGAGACGUGUGCUGCUGUGGGGUUGGAGGAGGACGAGAGAAAUGAAGUUUACAGACUGAUGUCUUUCAGAAAGCUUGGUGCUCGUAUUUGAUUGGCUGUGAGAAUUCACUCCUCUGUUUAAUCUGAUUCACUGAUUCAGUUUCUGACUUGCGCUGUGUUUGUCUUUAACACACCCUCGUCCACUUCCCCUCACGCCUCUGACUCUCACACCACCAUCACUGCACUGCCCUCUAAUGCUGUGUGUGUGUGUGUGUGUGUGUGUGCGUGUGUGUGUGUGUGUGUGUGUGAGGUUUAUCUCCUUUAAACAGUGGGCUGAGUCAUGUGUGUGAUUCACUUUGAAUCAGAACUCAGUACCUGACUCCUGAAGCUCUAAUAUCACAAAGGUAAAGUGUUGAAUUGUAAAAGUUGAAAAUUGAAGUCACUUUAAAAUUUUAACUCUAAUCAAUCAGGACAGGAGGCGGGUCUCCUCACAGAUCAACUGCGUGUCUUUGAACAGAUCCCUGAAGCUCCAGUUAGCCUCCAUUUAAACCACUGACCGCACCUUUCAUUAUUUUUAAUUCUUAGUGUGUAAUUGCUCCAUUUCUACGUCUGAGGAGUUCAAUAAAAUAUUCGAUUCUGUUUUGACUUCAUCUCACAAACUCCAGUGGAGGGGGAAAGUGUCCCGGGGUGUGAUAAAGACACACUGGAGCGCAGGGUGAGAGAGAGAGAGAGAGAGAGAGAGAACGUGACCCUGUUUGGCCUCGCUGUGGCCUCCUUUCCUCGUGCACAUGUCAACACACACACACACUUCUACUUUUGUCUCACUUCCAUUGACAUAAUUAUUAUUGCAGUUAAUUAAUGCUGUGCUGCACCUCAACCCCAACCUCAGUCAUGAAAAGGGAACUUUUUGGCUCUUUUAUUUGUUUAUUUUUUUAAGUUUUGCUUAAAAAACGCAACAGCAGUUUCCUUGUGUGUGUGUUGGGGGGUCCGAAUGUCCCCACAAGGUUAAAAUUGUCAGAUUUUACUUUCCUUGUGGGGACAUUUAGUCCUCAGUAGUGUACACACACACACACACACACACACACACACACUCUUGGCCCCAGGGGGAGGGGAAAGCUGUGCUUCCUAUUGUUACAAUCACGCUGCUGUCUUAAACACAAGGGGUGUGUGUGUGUGUGUGUGUGUGUGUGUGUGUGUGUGUGUGUGUGUGUGUGUGCAUUCCUUGCACAUAGUUGGCCAUGUGCGCUUGCAUGUGGUUGACACCUGAUUGCGAUUUAAGGUGUGUUUGUUUCUCCUGUUCAGUGUGUGUGUGUGUGUGUGUGUGAGAGAGAGACUGGGCAGGGCUUUUUGGAAGCGUUACAGUUGAAAGCGUUUUGAUUUUGCAUAGCAGUGACGUGUGAAGUUUCCAUCAUGAUCAGAGCCGCAGCUCUUCCUCACGCCGUCCGGCUUCACUUUAUUCUCAUCCUCGUUCAGCACGACUUCCUGCUCCUCAUCCUCACCACUUCACAACGCUUCACUUCACCUGAUACCACAGCGGAUGAAUUCUCAGAUCUGAUUGGUCAGAAGAUGAGCAGUGUUGGUGUCGAACAGUGCGGCUCGGACCAGAACCACAGGUUUAUAUUAAUGAGCUCGGACAGUCCGUUAUCGUUUCCAUAGUAACAGCUUAUUCACAAGCACUCGUACAGUGGAUACUCCACAUAAACGGAUAAAAAUGUGUGAAAUUGUUAACAUGAAGUUCUCUGUGAGGAGAAGUGUGUGUGUGUGUGUGUGUGUGUGUGUGUGUGGUCUCUGUAAGGAGUCUCCAGUGUGAGCGCUGUGUAACAGUCAGAGGUGAAGCUGGAGCUGUAAGAUCUCAGACACCUUCAGGACAGAGGAGUUUACACUUCUGUACAGUUUCACAGGAACACGAUGGAACAAGCUGUGCUUUAUUUUUUUAUCAUAUUAACUUGGAGAGAAUAAAGAGACUGUUGAGGGAACGAGUGUUUAUCGCUGCUAUAACAUCAGUGAGAACAGGAGUGAACUCAUUUCACUGACAUUUAAAUGUAAUGAUAAAAGGAUGAAUUGAAAAAGUAGAAAUUGUAAUCAUGGCCAAAUUGGAACAACAUGCCUCAGGCCACGCUGUUACAGGAAAAUAAUCCACUUCACAUUAUUAUUAUCGUAAAUAAUCCACAGUUUGGUUUUAUUCUGCAGUUGAUUAAAUCUGAAACAUAAAAACUACCAACUGCGAUAGAAAUCCUGAGGAAUCCCCCGAGCUCAGGGCGUGUCCACUGCGCUACAGCUCUGUGCUUUGGCUCAGUUUAACGUCACAGAAUAUUUACAGAAAAAAACCUGCAACCUGAAACACACGGCAUGUUCAAGUCCCUUCCUGCAGUGAAUCAAUUCAGAGUCGAAUCCCUUUGUUCACUCAGAAUCAGAUGGAGGAAAGUGCACUCGGACCUGAGUCUGAUCACUGUGUGUUUACCUGAAUAAAGAACUGCAGUGAGGAUGAGAACGCACCGAGGUUCUGUUCUCUCUCUCUCUCUCUCUCUCUCUCUCUCUCACACACAGGCAAAAGAGCUUUAAUGUUGAAGAACUUGAGUCCUGAACUCCUCUUCACACAGGAAUCAUUUUAUUUCCACUUCCACACACUGAGGCCGAGUCCUGUUCACUAGACACAAUGACUAGAUAGGGUACAACACAUUAUACACCCUAUGAAGUGCACUAGAUGUCCAAUAAGGGCCUGUUGAAAUCAACUAUUGACAUCUUUAGGAAAAGUCAAUAACUUUAUUCAGUAUUUGUAGAAGAAAUGUGUAGAAAUUCAGUUGAAUAACUGGACUCCAUUACUUUUAAAAACAUGUCUUUAGAGCAUGAAGUCUAACAUUUCACUUCGUUUUAUAUAUCUAUAUAUUCUGAAGUGUAGUUGAAGAGUGAAAGAAAAAAUCUCAAUCCAAUUUUAAUGAGUGAUAAAAUAAAAUUAAUAGUUUUAAAAGAAUUGAUUAAAAACAAUCAUGAAGUGGCACAAAAAUAUGGAGAAGAUUCAAGAAAGGAUUUAUCCUGAGCAGACUGCGGGGUGCCAAUACAAUCGCACACUCAGUAAACUGAUCGGGGUCAAUAAAUUUAUUCACAUUGUGAUUCUCCAAAAAGUCCUUAUUGUCCAAAACAAGUCUCCAAAACACCUUUUAGUGGUACUCUGUGUGUGUGUGUGUGUGUGUGUGUGUGUGUGUGUGUGUGUGUGUGUGUGUGUGUGUCAGAAAGGUAAAUGGAGCUUUGCACCUUCUUUUGUAGACUGAACUUGUGCGUUUUGCACCUUCUUUUGUAGGAGACUGUGGAUUUUGUGCACCUUGUUUUUGUAGCGAAUCCGACUUUUGGAAUUUGGGAAUAAGUGUGUGACGGAGGGGGCGGAGCCUGUCUGACCCAUGAUGAUGUAAAUAUUGCUGAGGCUGUUGAACAGAUUUUUACUGAGUUUGUUUUUUGUUUUCUCCCCCAGUGUAAUGAUCUGAGCUCGGUGGAGAUCUCUGAGCGCUGAUGUAGACGAAUUUUCACACAUCUUUCUUUUUAGUGUUUCGUUUCGUUCAGAGUCUGAGUUUAACCAGAGUUCGCGCUUCCCAGAUCAGUAAUCACACUUUAGUCCCCCGAAUAAAACUGUACAGCAAGAAAACAGCUGCAUCCAGAUGUGUCAUUAGGGUUAUAGAAUAGCACAGCUGUUUGUUUAUUUUUUGUUGUUGUUGUUUUUGUUUAACAGUAAACAUGUGGUCUGUAACUAAUCCGCAGUGAGAGUGGAAUUGCCAAGUUUGUUUUUUGUAAGAAUAGGAAAAGCAGAAGUGUUCAGCUGUUUGAGGUUUUUUUUUAUUAUUUGUUGAUAAUUUUGAGGAUCAGAGGCUGUUUCUGGGGCCUCCAUUUUGAUUUUUACACACACACACACACACACACACCCUGCAUGGCUCACACACGCCCCCUGCUGUACAGUCUCGUGCACUACACACAGUGGACUCCGGAGGGCGCUGUGUUCACUUUAACAGAUGUUACACAGAGGAACUUGUUAGAUUUCUUCUUUGUUUACAUUAUUUUGAGGGAAAAAAAUGAUGUUGCCUGAUGUUAUGGGUUUAUUUUAGUUUUGUAAAGUUGCCUAAAGAGUGUGUUUUUAUAUGAGAGAGGGACCAGAGUCGUGCUGCAAGCGUGUCAUUUUAUUACUUUAUGGUUUUUACUGUCUGCUCGAGUCUCCGUGCCUCAUAAUGCACCUUUUUAUUGGGGAGGGGUUUGAUUUAAUUUUAACGUUCCUGAACCAUGGCACCUUGAUGACGGCGUCUGCGAGGCCGGAGACUGAAACAGUGUGAGAGUUUACUGACCCUUCAGCAGUGUAUUCUGAACCUAAACCCCGCCCCUUUUCCUUUUUUAAAAUCCAUUCUGGGCUGCUGUGCAUUCUGGGACAGCGAGUGAGGACUGGGUGGUGUGUUUAUCAUGUCUCACACACACUCGUCUCUGCAGUACCUCUUCUGUUCCCAUGUACCUCAGAAUCCUGCCUUUAACCAGUUUUCCUCAGCUUGCAGUCGGAGUGAUGAAAUCGACAUAACUGACAUUUUGUAAUAAAUAAAUAAAUAAAUAAAUCUACUGGACGGUGGAGACGAGGACGACGUGUACAGAUGCAGUGAGACGUGCUGAGGUUUAGGGAUCAGUGAUAAUUCACCUUCAUCUGCACACAAGCAGGAGUGUAAACUCUUUUUCUAAAAAAAUAUAUAUAUCAAUGCAUUGCUGCGUGUUCACUUUCUGUAACUUCAUACCUGUACAAUACAGAAUGAUCCAUACAUAUAAACAUACAGAAAUAUAUAUAUAAAUAUAUACAUACUGUACAUUCUAUAAAAGAACUAAUGAGAUUUACUGAUUGUUCGUCGUGCACUCACAGCAUGAGUUGUAACCCAGAAGCUGCUUCGAGUCCAGCGCAGCCGUGUCUGCCCCCUCGCCCACCCCCGCCCACCCGCCGUGCCCACACAGUGACCCUGUAAUGCCCGUGUCCCAUCAUGCCAUUCAGUCUGUGUUCAGAGUGCCAAUAACUUUGUGAAUCCCUAACUGUGACCCAAUAUUAUCAAAGUAUAAUUGCACAUUAACUACUGUAAAGAGAAAAAGCAAAAUUGAAAGAAAACAUCUGGAUAUCUUAAUAAAAAACUUUGUAACAAA